AUGCCCUUCUGCAUGGCUUCCUGGAAGAACAAACAAAAACACAGCUGGCUUCAAAAGGACAUGCACAAAAAGAAUUCAGGCAUGCACCAUCCACAUCCGAGAAACGAAAAAACAACACCUCAGGGGUGCUGUCCCCCUUCACUGCUUCACUCUGCUAGGUCGGCCUGCCCAUUUUCACCAAGCCCUUGGUCCUUCGACCCCGAAAGCGGCCGUGAAGCCGCCCGAAGUCGGCUGCGAACGUUCUGGACACGUCGUCAUGGCUGCGGGCGGGCGGUUUCGCCCCCAGCCCACUACAACCCUCUGCAGACAGGAGACCCCUUGAAUUGUCCAGGAUGGUGCAUCAAGGCCACUGAUCCACUAGGACGAAGAUGGAACUGA